AUGUCAUCUCGCUACAUGGAACGGUUGGCCAAAAUCGAAGAAGUCCUCCUGAUAGCCAACAAGAAAAUUGAUAUCAACGAGCUGAGAACGGGAUGCAGUUACGGUGUUCCGGAAUUGCUUCGCCCGCUUGUCUGGCGCCUUCUUCUUCACUAUCUGCCGCUGGAACGCCACCGAUGGCAGUCUCAUCUCGCCGAUCAACGCAACAACUACGAUCAGAUGAUCGAGCAGAUUAUCGUGGAGCCGGGAACCGCUUCGAUGGGACAGUGCGCCAGCGGAGAAAAUGAUCACGUAAGUGGAUAGACGGACGUCGGCACAGUUGCAACGGGCCGGGUCCAUAGCGGAGCGGAAACGACGAAUUUCGGCUGGGAUUUUAUCAAAGAAUUUAUCAAUUUUUCGCCUUAGCCAGGCCAUCAUAGCCGCGUCGCCCAGUUAUUUCUCGCCCCGGCCCGGUUCCUUGACCCUGCCAACUAUGUGCGUGGGUGGAAGAAACGUGGGAACCUAGUGAAUUCGCAACAACUUCGGUCCCUCUUGAACAUUUUGAAGCACGAAAGAGAAUGAAGAAUAACGAAUUGUAUGCGUGGUAUCAGAAGAGUAAAAAAAUGACAGAAUAACAAAAGACUAAUUAGAAGGAUUUCAAAGACCAAUGUUAGACGAAUGUUUAUGCAAACAACUUUUGAGAGAUGACAAAACUAAUAAGGUUGAUGACACGUAUGAGAACUUGGAAACGAAAAAUAUGCAGAUGUUUUUCUUGGAACUCAAUUUUGUCGAAAGCCACAUUUGGAUGCUGGCUAGAAGUACAAUAUCAUCGGAAAACUGAAGACAAGAACAACAUGAGAAGGUCUGAGAAAAACCGUUUGAUCAUUCCACCUCCCGUUUCUGAUCCCCCAAAACAUUUCUGAACGUCCAAAAAAAAAAAACAAAGCACAGACAACUUGCAAAAAAGCCGUUCAUUGUCCAUGCAACCUUUUUCACUUUCGGACUCGUGACGUACGUUUUAAGGGCAAGCCAAUGGAAAGUAGUACAAGUAUAUGCAUAGCCUUCAUACCACAUUCAGACAGAAUGACGACAAAAGCAGUGGUGCACGUCAUAUUUGGCGUAGUUUGAUCCGGCCAUUUCUAAAGAACAGAAAACUGGAGAAGAUUUUUCAUUUUUCAGCCUCUGUCCGAUCACCCGACCAGCGACUGGGGAGCGUUCUUCCAGGAUAACAAGGUGCUUUCGCAGAUAGACAAAGAUGUGCGCAGACUUUAUCCGGAGAUCCAGUUCUUUCAGUUGCUCUCCAAGUUCCCGCACAAGUAGGAAUCAAUCAGAGAUAAUAGUCAAUCAAUCGAUAACUGAUUUUACAGACACGGCAUGAAGUAUCCACUGUCGCGCAGAGUCAUCAACCACCAGGAACUGCUGACGCAAGAGUUCGGAGCGAAUCGGGAUGGAAUCGUUGAGGUACGUCUAUAGUUGAAACAAAUUUUGCUAACUAUAUUUGGGAAAGAGCGAUUUUAUUUAUUCCCAAAUAAGAAAUCCUCCAGAUAAGCCCAAUUCUGCAUGAAAAUCAGACUUUUUUGGCUAUUUUUCGAGGCCUGUUUCCUAUAAUUCGUCAUAGCCAGACCACUCGAGCCCAAAUUUUGUCAACUAUGGAUACGUCCCUCAAAUUUCUCCUUGCUUUUUCUGUGCUUUUAUGUGUUUGUGUUGCUAAUCUGGAGUUCUAAGAAAAAACUAGCAGCUAUUAAUAUCUUGAUAGGAUUAAGCAGCACCUGCGGCCAAUUCCAUUAGAAAAGUUUCGUAAUACCAAGGACAUCCAAACGAUCAGAAUCUGUUCGAGGGCAAAGAUUGCGACGAGGUGUUUGAUAUCUUGACAAAAAUAGAAAAACCGAUUCAGAAUUAGAAACCCCUAUCGAAUAAUCUAUUUUCAGUGUGUGAAGACCACCACGGCAAAAGCCGGACACGACGCGAAUCAGGCGCAAAACUCGGAAUUCCACUGGCAUGUACGAUCUGAACCAUGAGAAAGGCGUUCUGAAACUGGAACUUGACUAUUUUCAGAUUGUCGAGCGCAUCCUGUUCAUCUACGCCAAACUGAACCCCGGAGUGCAAUAUGUGCAGGGAAUGAACGAGCUAGUCGCGCCGAUUUAUUACGUUUUCGCCAACGACGCCGACGAGGAAUGGGCCGCCUAUGCCGAAGCGGACACAUUCUUCUGCUUCCAGGUAUUGUAGUUUGAGUGUUGCCUUAGCAGACACGUGUGACCAUUGGUUCAUGAAAAAUGGAAGCCAGGCGGAAAUUGUAAGAUUAAAAGACUUGAGUGUCUAGGUUGAUCGAGUGGAGUACGUGUAAGAAAUGAAACGUUUUGAUUCGAUUUCAGCAGCUGAUGAGCGAGGUGAAGGACAAUUUCAUCAAGACCCUGGACGACAGUAUCUGCGGAAUAGGUACUUGGCCAUCUGCAGCGUACACGUACAAGAAAUUCAUUCUUCCAGAAUCCACGAUGUCGGCCUUCCACAACAUGAUCUCAUCGUUCGACAUCGAACUUCACAAGCAUCUCACUUCGUCCCUCGAAAUUAAACCCCAGGUGAGUGAGAAAGUGAACAAAAUGAACAACUAAUUAGUAGAAACAACUUUCCAGUGAAACUUGGUGUUGAAAAUAAAAAUAAUCAUCAUGUUUGGUCAUAAUAAAUCGGGAACUACCAGCUAGACUAUUUUGGGGGAAAUUCACUGCAACAACGCCUUCGCUUUUUUGUUUUGGUUCGUGCCGUUCAUCAACCAACCUUGACUUGUGUUUUCACCCAGACGGUGGGCAGUAGCAAACAUUUCUUAAGUUUUGAAGUCAGAAUCUACAAAAAUUGGAUUCUAUCUUUGAUGUGUCAAAAUGAGAGGUGUGAACCGUGAUCCGGAGACCAUACAUCCUUUAACUUGGAAUCUGAUGCAUUUUUGUUUCAGUUCUACGCGUUCCGCUGGCUGUCCCUGCUGCUCAGCCAAGAGUUUCCACUUCCCGACGUCAUCACCCUGUGGGAUGCGCUCUUCUCGGAUCCUCACAGGUUCAACCGACUUCUCCUAAAAAUAUCAACUGACUGUUGAUUUCCAGAUUUGCUCUGCUCCCGUACGUCUGUUUGGCAAUGAUGGAAUUGCAGAGAGAGUCCCUUCUCAAAGGCGACUUUUCGUUUUGUGUCCGUCUCCUUCAGGUUUGUCCCCCCCCCCUUAUUUGCCGAAAUGUUAUGAUUGGUGUCUAAAGACUGAAAAUUUUGGCAAAAGUCAGACAGCGAAAAAUGUUGUGUCUCUUAUUUCCCACGCCUACGUUCUUUUUCCAAUGAGCCGCAGAGCAAAGGUACAUGGAAUGUUCUUGAAGGUUUCACACCGAAACAAUUUUUUGGUGAUCUUUGUAGCACUAGCGAUGGGAAUGUCCCCCGCGCGGUCUUGUGCACCAACCGCAAAGUCCAAAAGUAUCAGAGCUCAGCGGCGCGGCAACAUGUCAGAAACUCACUAAACACAGAGGAACCAGACACAAAAUCAAAAAUCCUGUCCGGAAAUUGGAUGUGAUUGAACUUGAUGUCCAUUAAACCCAGACAUAAUGCACACUUGAUCUUUGUCAAGCAUGAAGUAGAAAAUUACUUUUUUUUCCAGAAUUACCCAGAUCCGGAUGUUGCCAAAAUCGUCGCGUUUGCUCAGGACAUCCGCGACGGAAAAGCACCAAGACCGGCGAGCAAGGAGCUUUCGAAGAGCAGCAAGAUCGUCAAGCACGCCCGUCAGCUCUCGGAUACGCUCCGUAACCUGUCGCUCAUCAAAAAGUAG